UUCUCUGUAAGUAAUUCCUGUUCAGCAUUCAGAAUUCGAAGUUAUUUCUCAUAGUUGUUCUGGAUUGUUACGAAGAUGUGGAGUUCAGGAACAGAUAGAAAAAGUUUCGAAUCUGAGGAUGAGAGUGCCCUGUCUUCAGAAGAGGAACAAGACAUUCAGUGUGAGAUUUUGGAGAAGCAAAGGGAUGAAGCUAAUCAGAGGCUGUCCAAAAUGGAGGAAGCAUCCACUCAGCUGCUGAAGGAGAUAAACUUGCUGGAGAUUCAGUUUCAGAUUGAACGCUCAUGCAGAGAGAACGCUGAGGCCUUUGCCUUAAAGGUGACAAAAGAGAACAAGGUCUUAAAGAGAAAAAGUCAGGCUCUCCUGCCCUUGAUUCCAGAGCUGCCUGAAAACCUGGCCUCUCUGAACCUGGACCUAGAAAAUGACUCUGCUUCUGACACAGUGGAAUUGGCGGAAGAGCCUCUCCUCAAAAGUCAGGCCCAGAUCCGAGAGCUUCAGUCCUCGGUUGAUCAGCUCUUGGGGGAGAAGAUGCAAUUGUCUGAGCAGGUACAACUCCUGAAAAAAGAAAAAGAAGAACUGAAAGAACAGCUUGAAAUGGAGAUUCAGGAGAAAGAGGCCAUUUUAAGGAAGUUAUCUAAACAAAGUCGAACAGUGAACAAAAUUAAAAGAGUAUCCCAGCUUGUUACGGAACAGUUUGCAGAGAUGUCACAGAAAUUGGAAAUGGAGGAAGGACUCAGGCAUCAUGCUGAAGAGUUUGCACAUCAGGUCCUGGUGAAGCAGAAAGAGAGCCAGAGGCAGAGCCUGGCCCUGGUACACAAUGUACAAGUUGACACACAACUUCAGCAAGCCCUUGAGCAGGUGGCCCAGGUCAGCAAAGCGCUGGAAGAGUUACGUCUGCAUUAUCAACAACAGAGGAGUCAGUCUCAGGCAGUGAUGGAGGAGUUUAAUGCUCUUACUGAGCUGCAGAUGGUCAGAGCACAGCUAGAGACCAACAUGAAAGAGAGGCUGAAGAUAGAAAAUCAGUGGAGAGAUUCGCAAAACACUGUGACAGCACUGCAGGAGGAAGUUAAGCAGCUUCAGGACAUGCUGAAAACGGCCAAAGAGAAUCCUCUAACUGAAUCUAGCCUAUCAAGUGAAGAGAAAAUCACUCCAGCUCCACUUUCUUCAACUCCUUCUCCUCCACCACCACUAGCACCAUCACCUCCACCUCCUCCUCCACCACCACCUCCUCCUCUUCCUCCUUCUGUGCUUUCUACAAGUCCUAUUGACCCACUGGAUGCUUUGAGGAAUAGAAGGAAAGUUGGAAACAAUACUACUGACUCUAAGAAACCUGCAAUGUCUGUAGAUUUGAAAGCCAGGGCAGUGGAUGAAAUGAUGGAGAGAAUUAAGAAAGGGAUUGUACUGAAGCCCACUCAGAAACUGCCACAAACUGGACUGGAUGAAGACUCAUGGACGGAUCAAAGAAGUGAUAAGAGGAAAUCUGCUGUCCUUGAGUUGCAGGGAAUACUGGACACCAUAAAAAAAGCACCUAAAAGGAUUCCGUCCAGGAAGAGGAUUAGUCGUAAUGUGGGGGAGGUGGAGCUUCAGAUGGUCUUGCAGAGGAGAAGGCGGGCAAUUGGAGAUGAUAAAGUCUCCCCACCCACUUCAGACCCAAAAUCUCAUGAUCCACCAACGGCAUCUACAGCCACAGGUUCCUCAAACUGGUUAGCUGAGAGUGGGAAUGCUCCUGUCCUUCGGAGGCUGAAGCAGAACCAGGAAAAGAGACAGUCACGCAUCAGAGCAUCAGAAUGUAUCAUCUGGGAAGACAAGUAAAGAUAAAGACAGCGAAUGUGGUUUUCUUGUCAUCCUAUUGUUAUUAAUACAAUGAUUGCAUAACAAUUGGAACCCAAAUAAAGUUAACAUAAUUCUUGUCAAAACAAAAAUAUAGUUUUAAUUUGAUGGGCUCUAUUGAAGAUUAGUUUUUAAAGAUCAAAUAUACUGACACUUUAAAAAAAUAUUUUAUUAUACAUUAAAGAAAAUGUUAUUGUGUAGAACAUAGUCCCUAAUUACCAUUUUUUUAAAUGUAAAUUUGAAAGUAAGUAUUCAGUUUAUUUUUGUACGUAUUACCAAUUGAUCAGGUUUAUCUGUUUAUCAAAAAACCUUUAUGGUUAAUGAAGAAAUUAAACAUAUGUCUUCUAUGGUACAUUUAUGAAUAUUUUGUUUUUUGCUUUGCUAGAUUUGUGUGCUUCUAAGAAAAAAAAAGUGAUACUGUGAGGUGUCAUCACUCUUUCUCUCCUCAUCUCUUCGUCUGUUUUCUCUAUGUGUGUGUUUUUAAAAGCCUCUAGGCAAGUUCAUUCGGGCAUCAAGAAGAUGGGGAGAGGUGCUUUUUUUCUCUCCACACCAUCACACUGCUAUUCUUUGCUAAAAGCAUUUAAGUGGAAAGGAAUUAUUUGCACUGUAGUAGCUCUUGGCUUUCUGCUUUUAAACUCAAUUUAUUCUAUAAGAGUUUUUUGCACCCCCUUGAGAGAGCCCUUUAUCUAGCAAACAUUAUAAAGAAUUUAUAUCUCUCGCCAGGAAUUGUAAGGUGUCUGAUUUCUCUCUGUGUGCAUGUUGGGGGUGGGGUUGGCCUCUAAAGGGUGGUUAUAGAUGUGUGAUUUAGAUGAGGGUGGCAUGGUGGCACAGUAGGUAAUAGUGAGACAUUGCCGCCUCACAGCUCCAGAGUCCUCAGGUUUUAUCCUGAUUUAAGGUUAUUGUAAGAGCAAUAUAAUAUUGAUUUUUUUUUGUUUGUUUUGCAUGUUUAAAAUCUAAAUGAAGGAACACAUGAUGUGGAUCAUGGUUUUGCAACAAGAGGUUUGUGGAGACACUGUGGGCAGAUUGUGAGUGUGAUGGAAUUAUCAGUGACGUAUUAUGUUACAUCUUUA